CUUCUUCUUCUUACGGUGCUUUACAAAAUCGAAAAGAAUGGCACUGCGUGUUUUUGGCCUAAAUAUAGUGAAAACUAACAGAAAUCUUUUGCAAAAUGCAUGCAAAUCUAGUGUCCCGCCCGCAGGCCAUAUGCCGGUGGCUUCAUUUGCAACCGAAGUAACCAUCCAGGCGGCUCCGGCGGCGGUCCAGAAGCAAAAGGUUAGCAAGGCCAUGCGGGCAUACCUGAAAAGAUCAAACGAACACGACGAGUUCAUGAAGACCCAGCAUCUGGAGUUCCAGAUCGGUAAGAGGCACCUGGCGAACAUGAUGGGCGCCGAUGCGGAGACUUUUACCCAGGAAGAUAUUGACGAGGCGAUAUCAUAUCUGUUCCCGUCCGGCUUGUACGACCAAAAAGCCCGCCCGGCCAUGAAAUCGCCCGAGGUUGUCUUUCCCGCUCGGAAAGCCGCUGAAUUCGAUGAGACGGGCAGACCGUUCCAUAGCAUGUUCUACACCGGCAAGCCAAACUUCUUCCAGCUGCUUCAUGACAUUGUGGAGGAAACCAAGAAGUUGGCGGAUCUGGAGGAGCGUAUGCUUCGUCGCGGCAACAAACCCGAUGAGAACCAAAAACUAGAAAUUGCCGGCUUUCAGCUGUUGCCCAAGGAUCAGUUAGAAAUAUUGCUGGUAGAGACCAUUGCCGAUAUUGAAUACUCCAACUUCACUAAGUCCAUGGAUCGGCUUAUCGCUUCGCCCUAUGCUUACAAGAGCAAAACCUUUAUUGAACGUUUCCUGAAACCACUGAUGGAUCAGUCCAAGCAGUUAGAAGUGCCGAAGCCUAAGAUCGAUGAGGAGGGUCGCCAGUACAUCACCACUUACGAGUGCUUGCGCAAAACAGCCAGAGCUGACGUCACAGUGAGGCUGCCGGGUACGGGAAAGAUCACCAUAAACGGCAAGGAUAUCUCAUACUUUGAGGAUGAAAACUGCAAGGAGCAGUUGCUCUUCCCGCUGCAAUUUAGCGAGCUGCUGGGCAAAGUCGAUGUGGAGGCUAAUGUCGAGGGAGGCGGACCAUCCGGUCAGGCUGGAGCCAUCCGCUGGGGCAUCGCGAUGAGUUUGCGCAGCUUUGUCGAUCAAGAGAUGAUUGAGUCAAUGCGUCUGGCCGGCUUGCUGACACGUGACUACCGCCGUCGGGAGCGUAAGAAGUUCGGACAGGAAGGAGCACGCCGCAAGUACACGUGGAAGAAGCGCUAAACGGGCACGUGCAUCUACAAUACUAGGCUGCAUUUUGUAUCGCAAUGUUUUAAUAAAUAUCAACUAUGUUAACGGA